AUGCAGUCCCUUAUGCCAUAUGAAUACGCUCCCCUCCAGCACGACUCCUCCAUCAGGCUCCUCCUCCUCAACCCAUCACAAGACCACAAUGCCGACCUCACAGGCUCGCUUCUGUACACCACCCUCAGCGAAGCCGACGCCGACAUAAUUAACCCCUACUCAGCCCUCUCUUACGUGUGGGGCAGCCCGCAGCGCUCGCAUUCCAUCAUUAUCGACGGCCGGCGGCAUGGCAUCACAGCCUCUCUCGACGCCGCCCUUCGAGAUAUGCGCGACCAGUCGCGGCAGCACCGCAUCUGGGCCGACGCACUGUGCAUCAACCAGGACGACGUCGAGGAGCGCAGCCGGCAGGUGCGGAUCAUGGGCACGAUCUAUGCGACGGCGCGGAACACCAUCAUCCACCUCGGCGGCCUGACGCCUAACGUUGAGCUCGUCUUUGCCGCUGCCGCUGGGACGAGUACUCGGCAGGACGAAGCGGCGCGCAGGGAGGUCUUGACCGCGGCAGCUCUGGACAUCCUCCAGCGGCCGUGGUUCCAGAGAGUCUGGGUCCUGCAGGAGCUCGUCCUGUCCGACGUCCCCUGGGUGCAGUGCGGCCGCGCAAAGGUCAAAUGGGACGACCUGGCGCAGUGCCUCUUCGGGCGCGCGCUGAUGGACCUGCCCAAGCACAACCAGAGGUUCAAGCUGGUGCACGACAUGGCCGUGGCGCGGGGGAACCGGUGGCACGGCAACAAGAGCCUCCUCGCCCACUUCCUCACCAACCGGCGCGGCCUCGGCGUGCAGGAGCCCGUGGACAUGAUCUUUGCCCACGUGGGCAUGGCCUCAGAGGCACACACGUGGAGGAGAUACGUCGAGGUCGACUACUCCACCCCCGUGCGCGAUGCGUAUCUCGGUGCUGCCAAGUACAUUCUCGAUCAGUGGGGCGUCGAUGCCCUACUGCUCUCGGCGGAGGACGACGGCAGCGGCAGGCUGCGCCGUGACGGCGUCUUGCCGAGCUGGGUGCCGGACUGGACGGCCAAGCGGCCCGCCGCCAAGGCGCGGCCCUCGGAUCCCAUGCCGCUGAUCGUCGUGGAGGACGCCGCGCCGAGCCACAGCCCGGAACUUCACGUCAUCGUCAAGUCGUCGAUACUGGUGCACAUCGGGCGGUGCUGCGGGGUGGUCGAGCAGACGUGCGACAUUCCCGUGCCGACAUCGAUACCUUUCGACGCCGAAGCGGUGCGCAAUGCGCGCAACCUCCUGUCGGGGCUCGGAGGACUGGCUCAUAACAGGUGGCAGAGCCGCAGGCACCUGGCGACGGCAGAGGAGAUCGAGGAGCACAAGCGCACAACCACGAGAGCCCUGGCCGAGGAAUUUGCGACCAUAGCGUGGGAAGGUGCCACGCGGCAGCAGAGGGAAAAAGGGGUGAUGGCUUGCAGUCAGGGUUCAACGAGCUCCUUGUCGCGGGAGCAGCUGGUCGCCUUCUUGAGCGAACUACUCCUGAGUGCGGCUGGGAUGGCCUUCGAACAAAUUGACAUCUUUGAUGAGAUGCGAGAGUACCUCUACGCCACGGGCGACAGCACAGUCCUCGACGGCCGUUGUUUCGCGCGUGUGAGGGGCAGGGGCUGGCUCCUCGUCCCCUACGGUACCAGGGCCGGCGAUGUAGUGUACAGGUUUAUGAACACGGAAUCUAGAUUCAGGGAGGAGGCUUUCAUCCUGAGGAAGUGGCAGGGACCGGAUCCGGUCAUGGAUAGUUCCGACUACGAACUGGCUCAAGCCAGCAUUUUGAGAGGAUAUCUAAAGACGGCUCUGGACUAUCCCUUUAAGCAUUAUAGAUUGGUCGGGCAGUGCAUGGUUAUCUGCUGGUCUGGCCAAAGGCUCCCAUCAUGGACAUUUGCCGUGCUACAUUAG